GUUAGGUAGUCAGCUAGCUUGGCAACUAUCAGCGAUAAAGGUUGGUACGAACGGGACCGCUGAACCACAAUUAUUGUGAUUGGAAAAACAGACAUGUUUUGAUUACAGGAUGGACUCCUGUGGUCCUGGCCUCCAGUAGGACGGUGCAGCGGUGAGCAGCCUUGGAAACGCUAAGAAAGGAUGCGAGGCUCAGACGGAGCAAGGGAUUCUGGGACAGAACUGUGCGCUGUGAUCCUUGACACGGCCGACCGCUGGAUGCUGAGGAGGAGAGAGGGAGGAGGAGGUCCGUCAUCACCCGCUCCGAGGCUCGCCCUCUUAGGCAGACACAGGCGACGCGUCUGACGGCUUCAGCCACACACACGUACAGCCACCUACCGAACCCUAGAGCCGAGAGCGCGAGGCGGGGGGGGGGUCAAGGGUCAACCAUGAACAUCCUGUCGCCCAUCGUGACGUUCCAGAACCUGCACGAGGUGCGGCGCCUGUGCCACUGGGGCCCGGUGGUGGCGCUGUCCGUCAUCGCCAUGUGCUCCUCCAUGGCCGUGCUGGACUCCAUCAUCUGGUACUGGCCGCUGGACACCACCGGCGGGAGCAUCAACUUCAUCAUGCUCAUCAACUGGAGCGUCCUCAUCCUCUACAACUACUUCAACGCCAUGUUCCUGGGGCCCGGGCGCAUCCCACUGGAAUGGAAACCGGAUAACCAGCAGGACACGGCGUAUCUACAGUUCUGCAGACUGUGUCAGGGCUACAAGGCCCCCCGCUCCCACCACUGCCGCAAGUGUGACAGGUGCGUGAUGAAGAUGGAUCACCAUUGCCCCUGGAUCAAUAACUGCUGCGGGCACCACAACCACGCCUACUUCACCAGCUUCCUGCUGCUGGCCCCCCUCGGAUGCAUCCACGCCGCAUUCAUCUUCAUCAUGACCAUGUACACGGAGCUCUACGACCGCGUCUCGUUUGGAUGGAGCUCGGUGAAGAUUGACAUGGGCGCCGUGAGACGCGUUCACCAUCCCAUAAUGCCCUUUGGCGUGGCGCCGUUCGCAGCGACUCUCUUCGCACUGGGAUUGGCUCUUGGUACAACUAUCGCCGUGGGGAUGCUCUUCGUCAUACAGAUGAAGGUGAUUCUCCGGAACAAGACCUCCGUUGAGGUGUGGAUUGAGGAAAAGGCCCGUGACCGGAUCCAGUACUACCAGACAGGCGAGGAGUUCAUCUUCCCCUACGACCUGGGCAGCCGCUGGGAGAACUUCAAGCAGGUGUUCACCUGGUCCGGCUCACCUGAGGGGGACGGCAUAGAGUGGCCCAUCCACGAGAAGUGCCAUCAGUACACACUCACCGUGGAACAGCUGAAACAGAAGGCAGACAAGCGUGUGAGGAGUGUGCAGUACCGGGCGGUGGAGGACUAUAACGGGGCCUGCUGUCCGACGGGGAAAGGCUUCAACACGUUCCUGCGCACGCCCUGCAGUGAGGAGCCACGCAUCACACUCAUCAAGGGGGAGACCAUCUACGCCACACGUGGGACAAAGUGGUGGAUGUAUGGAGACAAAGUCUUGACUGAAGAACAGGCUAAAGCUGGUGCUCGGGUACGAGGCUGGUUUCCACGGCAAUGCGUGGAGAAGUGUCACUAUGACACAGCCAACAACUCUGCCCCGCCCGAGGAGAAGAAGGAGCAGUGACAAGCCAACACUGAUGUGUGUGUGUGUGUGUGUGUGUGUGUGUGUG